CUUAGCCCAGCAAAUAGCCCUCAGAACGGAGCUUUGGAUCGUAAAUCUCAUUCAAGUCGGUGAAGGCUAUCUGACAACAGCAAAGUUGUAGCCAGAUACAUUUUAGUUCUUAACUGGGGCAGGUGGACUUUUAAAUGUCUUGGGUUUGGACUGAUGUCUUCUCUCACCCAUUAUGGGCAGUAUCGACAGUGAUUUUGGGACUCCUCUUGCGGUCACAGCAGAGAGGGUCCUGGGACCCCCGAGCCUGUCUUGUGCAACUGAAGGGCAAGACCGCCAUAGUUACUGGAGCUAACACAGGUAAUGGUUUUGCAUGGGGCCGCUAGUCAUGGGAUCUAGAUAAAUUCUUGCUUGACUUGUUUUGCUUGGAAUGGUUUAUCCGAUUAGAUUCAAUAAGAAUAUUCCUCCAGCAGCUGCAGACUGCACAGACAAGCAUGUUAACCAACUGGAAAUACAACCAAAUCUACACUUACUCUUGACAAUACUUACUUCUCAAAAUGAAAACGUUUUUCCACACAGCAGUUUAGGGGAAAUCUUUAGAGGACAUGUUUUAAUUUAUACACACUGUAAUUCUAACAAAACGACUCCAAUGAUGACUUCCAGUAAACAUUCCCUUUAAAGUGUCAAAUUAAGUAAUUAAUAUUUUCCAUUCCAAUCAUGAUGCAUUUCCCUCACUUGAACCUCUCACCCUCAAAGUGUCUCAAAUAGACAUCAGAAUGUAGUUAAUUAUAUGCUUUUGGAAUCCCUCUUUAAAUAAGUGAAGAAAGAAAACAAAUUCCAGAGAGAGAGAGAGAGAGAGAGAGAGAGAGAGAGAGAGAGAGAGAGAGAGAGAGAGAGAGAGAGAGAGAGAGAGAGAGAGAGAGAGUAAAUGGAGGGGGGAUGUUCUCCUGUCUGGCCACAUGUUAUUGGUCACAUACACGUGUUUAGCAGAUGUUAUCGCGGGUGUAGCGAAAUGCUUGUGUUUCUAGCUCUGACAGUGCAGUAAUAUCUAACAAGUAAUAUCUAACAAUUUCACAGCAUAUACACAAUACACAGAAAUCUAAGUAAAGCAAUGGAAUUACUGUAGAAUAGUAUAGAAUACGGUAUAUACAUAUGAGAUGAGUAAUGCAAGAUAUGUAAACAUUAUUAAAGUGACUAGUGUUCCAUUUAUUAAAGUGGCCAGUGAUUUCUAAUAUAUGUAUAUAGGUAGCAUCCUCUAAUGUGCUAGUGAAGUCUGAUGGCCUUGAGAUAGAAGCUGUUUUUCAAUCUCUCGGUCCCAGCUUUGAUGCACCUGUACUGACCUCGCCUUCUGGAUGAUAGCGGGAUGAUGGUGGUUGUUGUCCUUGAUGAUCUUUUUGAACUUCCUGUGACAUCGGGUACUGUAGGUGUCCUGGAGGGCUGGUAGUUUGCCCCCGGUGAUGCGUUGGGCAGACCGCACCACCCUCUGGAGAGCCCUGCGGUUGCGGGCGGUGCUGUUGCCGUACCAGGCGGUGAUACAGCCCGACAGGAUGCUCUCAGUUGUGCAUCUGUAAAAGUUUGUAAGGGUUUUAGGUGCCAAGCCAAAUUUCUUCAGCCUCCUGAGGUGAAGAGGCGCUGUUGCGCCUUCUUCACCACACUGUCUGUGUGGGUGGACCAUUUCAGUUUGUCAGUGAUGUGUACACUGAGGAACUUGAAGCUUUCCACCUUCCCCACUGCGGUCCUGUCGAGGUGGAUAGGGGGUGCUACCUCUGCUGUUUCCUGAAGUCCAUCAUCAUCUCCUUUGUUUUGCUGACGUUGAGUGAGAGGUUAUUUUCCUGGCAUCACACUCCCAGAGCCCUCACCUCCUCCCUGUAGGCUGUCUUGUCAUUGUUGGUAAUCUAGCCUACUACUGUUGUGUCGUCUGCAAACUUGAUGAUUGAGUUGGAGGCGUGCUUGGCCACGCAGUCAUGGGUGAACAGGGAGUACAGGAGGGGGCUGAGCAUGCACCCUUGUGGUGCCCCAGUGUUGAGGAUCAGUGAAGUGGAGGUGUUGUUUCCUACUUUCACCACCUGGGGGCGGCCCGUCAGGAAGUCCAGGACCCAGUUGCACAGGGCGGGGUUCAGACCCAGGGCCUCAAGCUUAAUGAUGAGCUUGGAGCUUUUUGACUGUGUCUCUCACUAGCUGGGAAACCAUCAUCCACUUGACUUUUCUCUGGGAAAACAAAAGUUAUUUCAUGGAAAAGGGUUCCUACUCAUGCUAAUGACAUAAACAAUUGGACCAAUAUGACUUCCAGCUGUGCAUGUCAGUUAGCCAGAGCUCAGACAUGCCCAGUCUCAUGUGAAGGAAACUUCUGUAUUUUACAGCUCUAGGUUAUAGCCUGGUCAAUGCUAAACCUCAAACAAAUACACCUUGACCCUGUAGAACUUGGGGACACACUCUUUUCACGCCACUUCAAUACAGCUACGACCAGAAGUGAUUUUUGUAGCAGGUUAGGAGAGCAUUUUUUGCUAACCCUAACCUUUUUCCUAACGUUAACCUAAUUCUCCUAACCUGCUGCGUACAUUCUCCUAACCUGCCACGAAUAAGUAACUUCUGAUUUCAGCGCUAUCAAAGUGGCGUGAAAAUAGUGUUUCUUGUGGAACUUCAAACUUGUGACCUGGAUAUAGGGGUUGCUAGAUGUAGACCAUUUACUGUUUGACACAAUUAUUUUUGACUGCCAUUGCCAUGGCCAUGACCUUUUGCACACAGACGCACACACAUAGACACACUAACACACAUUUCAGACAGACAGACAGACAGACAGACAGAGUGACAGACAGACAGACAGACAGACAGACAGACAGACAGACAGACAGACUCACACAUACUGUACAAGCAGCUCCCUGUUAGAUUGCGGCUCAAGCAACUGCUCUUGAACUUUGUUUUGUCCUCCUGAGUGUCUUUUUCACUAAUCCUCUCACUCUCCAUUGCUCUCUCUACUUUGCCCUUCCCCUGUCUUUCUGUCUCUCUUUCUCUCUCAACCACUUUCACUCUCUCUUUCUCUCAAUCUCCCUCUUGUUCUUUCUCUCUCUAUAUCGCUCUCAUCCUCUUCUCUCCCCUCUACCCCUUCUCCCCUCUCCCACCCCCCCAGGGAUAGGGAAGUUCAUUGCCCUAGACUUUGCCCGGCGGGGGGCUCGUGUUAUCAUGGCGUGCCGGAACGAGGCGCGCGGUACUGCCGCCCUGCAGGAGAUCCGGAAGAGGAGCGGGAACACCAACGUGCACCUGCGCCUGGUGGACACCUCGUCCCUGGCGUCGGUGAGGGCGUUUGUAGAGGGCGUCCUGCGAGAGGAGAAGGAGCUCCACAUCCUGGUCAACAAUGCUGGGGCUUCAGGUGGGUAGCUUCAGGUCAAGAUUCAAAGACAGUUAGGGUGGAAUCCACACUGAAUAUCACUCAGUAUUCACUACUGUUUCACUUAAAACAAUAGACAAUAGUGAAACAGCUCCACAUCUUGGUCAACAAAGCCAGGCCUUCAGCUGGGCACCACGUCCAGAGUCAGCCUGGAAUCCUCACUGAAUAUUGCAAUAUUUUCACUAUUCACCUGAAGCGGAACAAUAAUGAAACGGAGCGAUAUUCAGGGAGGAUUCCAGGCUAUGUGGAUUCCAGGCUAUGAGACAGUCAACCAGGGGUGGACGUCAACAGCCGUAAUACUAGUGUGACCCGGGGCUUCUAGUCGCCAUCAGGCUGUGGUAGCUCAUAGUGCUGAAGCCUGGGCAUGAGGGGAGUUAAUGUAAGUCAUCAGGGCCCAGUUUUUCAAAAGUUAUCUGGUCGGAUUUCGGCAAUUGGAUAUGAUUAAAUGCAUAGAAAUAGAAUGAAUAGAAUGGGCGUAUCAUUGACUUGAAUGGGGACACCCGUUCUAUUCAUUCUAUUUCUGUGAAUUUAAUCCUAGCCAUGCCACCCAAUUACAAUAUUUGGCUCACAAAUUCCUAUAUAUUUUUUGGGACAAUUUGUUUUUUCUUGUUUUUUCACAGCACCGCACAAACAACACAAAAACAAAAACAAAACACAUUCCCCAAGGUGAUCAACAUAUGAUUUCCAAAUUUGGUCAAACACUUCCGGUUCUUGAAAUAAUUUUAUAAUAUACAAAAUCCAACGGUAUGUUGCUAGAUAGUUCAUUCCUCCAGUUUGUUAUUUAGGGUGAGUAUGAGGCUUUCCAAUUGAUCAUCAAUAUUUACAUUUCCCAACAGACAUAAUCGUGUAGAUGGAUGGAUAUAAAUUCCUAGACACAAUGAAAUGAUAGCACAGACAUUAUCCCAAGAUGGUGUCAGUUUGUCACAGGACCACAGCAUAUGUAAUAGGGUUCCUUUAUGCUUUUUGCAUCUCGAACAGAGAUGUGACAUUUCUGGGUGCAUUACAUGCAUUCUGACAGGAGUGUAGUAACUCCUAUGAAUGAUCUUAAAUUGCAGUAGUUUAUGUCUUAGGUUGCAGGAGCAGGUAUUAACAUUUUCUGGGACCAAUGGUUCAAAAGCUGUCAUCAAGGCAAAGGGUGGCUAUUUGAUUUGUUUAACACUUUAUUGGUUACUACAUGAUUCCAUAUGUGUUAUUUCAUAGUUUUGAUGUCUUCACUAUUAUUCUACAAUGUAAAAAAUAGUAAAAAUAAAGAAAAACCCUUGAAUGAGUAGGUGUGUCCAAACUUUUGACUGGUAGUGUAUACGCUUCCUCCAGAUUGUAUGGUAUCAGUACACCCCGGUAUUUCAUGUGUCUUUGUCCAUUUCCACUUAAUUUAACUUUCUAAGCUUGAGAAAUCAUAAUUAGAAAUGGGCUUUAUUUCAGGUUUCUUCUAAUUCACUUUAAAUCCUGAUACAGCACCAUAUGUAUUCAACAGUAGUAAAACAAAUGACAGAGAAUGUCCUGGUUAAGAUAAAGUAAAAUGUCAUCUGCAUACAAUGAUAUAUGUUGAUCUCCACCAAUCUCUCUGCCCCGGAUUGAGCCAUGAGUUCUUAUUAUUGAUGCUAGGGAUUCUGUGGCUAAAGAAAAUAAAUAACUAGACAAAGGACAUCCCUGUCUUGUCCCUCUUGAUAACUGAAAUGAUUCAAAGAUCUGUCCAUUUGUUCAUAUAGAUGCUUUGGGGGAUUUGUACAAUAGCUCAAUCCAGGAAAUACCGGACCAAAACCAAACUUGUUUUAGGCAGCCACCAAACCAUGCCCAUUCCACCCUAUCGAAUGCUUUUUCAGCAUCUAUUGAUGCUGACACUUUUGGAAUGUUCAAGUUCUUUGUAUGAUGGAUUAUAUUGAGAAAAACGUUGGAGAUUGUCUGAAGACAUCCUGUUCUGUAUAAACUCUGUUCGAUCUAAAUGAAUCAACUUUUGUUUCUAUGCGAAAAGCCAAUACCUUAGUUAUGACUUUGUCAUCCACAUUCAAAAGUGAUACUGGGCGGAAGGAUCCGCAUCACAAUGGAUCCUUAUCUUUCUUUUUAAGUAGGUUAAUUGUGGCCAAACAUAGUGACUCAGCGAUGAGGCCUGGGUCCAGGAUGUCCCUAGCGGGGACCCAGCGCCUCUCCUCCGGGCCAUAACCCUCCCAGUCAACCAGGUACUGGAAUCCCCUGCCCCAAGGUUGAACCUUCAGGAGACGCCUCACCAUGUACGCCGGUUGGCCGUUGAUGAGACGGGGGAGAGGGGUGGACCUGGAAACAGGAGACAAAGGGCUGUGAGACAUGGGUUUGAUCCUAGACACAUGAGAAGUGGGAUGUAUACGGAGGAUACAGGGCAACAGAAGACGAACAGCAGAGUGGCUAAUGAUCUUGGAGAUGGGGAAAGGGCCGAUAAACCGGGGGGAAAGUUUGCGGGACUCCACCAGGUGGGGCAGAUCUCGGGUGGACAGCCAUACCUUCUGCCCGAGACGAUACCGGGGAGCAGGGGUCCGGUGGCGGUCCGCUUGUCAUCGAUACCUGGAGGUGGUUUUGUGAAGAGCCGACCGGGCUCUCCUCCAGGUACGACGACAGCGGCGGACAAACAUCUGGGCCGAGUGUAUGCCGACCUCUUCCUCUUGCUCCGGGAAGAGCGGGGGCUGAUGGGGUUUGGCGGAGACCAGGCAGCGCAGAGUCGUCUCCAGGUCUUGGUUGGCUCGCUCCGACUGGCCGUUGGACUGAGGGUGGAAACCGGAGGACAGGCUGGCCGAUGACCCAAUGAGUGUGCAGAAUGCCUUCCAGAACCGGGACGAGAACUGAGGACCCCGGUCGGAGACCAUGUCCACUGGGAGUCCAUGGAUCCGGAAGACGUGCUGCACCAUGAGCUGGGCCGUCUCUUUGGCGGAGGGUAGCUUGGGGAGAGGAAUGAAGUGGGUGGCUUUGGAAAACCGGUCCACAACUGUCAGGAAGUUGAACCGGGUGAAAAGCAGGGCCCACCUAGCUUGCCUGGAAUUGAGAUGCUUGGCGGUGCGGAGAUAUUCCAAGUUCUUGUGGUCUGUCCACACAAUGAACGGAUGUUCCGCCCCCUCCAGCCAGUGCCUCCACUCCUCGCCAUCUUCACCGCGAGAAGCUCACGACUCCGCACAUCAUAACUCCUCUCCGUGGUGUUGAGGCUAUGGGAGAAGAAGGCGCAGGGAUGUAACUUGAGGUCCAGGGCCGAACGCUGGGACAGGACCGCCCCCACUCCGACAUCCAAAGCAUCGGCCUCCACCAUGAACUGGCGGGACUCUUGCCGAAGCUGGAGUAACUUCCGGGCAGCCUCUCUCCCAGACAAUGGAGCAUCGAAAACCUUUUUUACCUCCUGCAGGAACUCCUCCAGAAGCAUAAGGCCGACUGUUGUUCCCACACUGCCGUAGCCCAGGCGAGAGCCCUCCCGGACAUCAGCGUGAUGAGGUAUGCUAUCUUAGAGCGGUCUGAGGGGAGGGAGGAGGGCUGCAGCUCGAUGAUGAGCGAACACUGAGCGAGAAAUGCUAGACAGGUUCCCAACUCACCAGUGAAGCGUUCCGGGGGAGGUAAGCGGGGUUCUCGGGAAACCAGUGUGGCCAGGGAGGCAGCGCUGCUAACAGCCGGGUUACUGAGGGGAUGGGAGGUUACCGUCGUGGUAGGCUGCCUAGCAGACAACCCGCGGAAUUGCUCCAGCAAUGGGUUAAACGCUCAGUCAUGGCAUUUGGCCAAGGUCUGGAACCCUUCCAUGAGACCACGAAGCAACUCCUCGUGCCUUCCAAUGGUGGCUCCUUGGGAGGAGAUGGCAUUGCGGAGCUGGUCCGAGUCUGCUGGGUCAGUCAUGGCCAGUUCGUACUAUCACGUUUCAGGAGAAGACCCAGAUGUAGACCGUGUCGAAGUAACAAAAGUUUAUUACAAAAACAGGGUGCAGGCAAACAACAUGUCAAGGGCAGGAAGAGGUCAGUAAUCCAGAUCAGAGUCCAAAAGGUAAAGAACGGCAAGCAGUCUCAGGGUCAGGGCAGGCAGAGGUCAAUAAUCCAGGGUGGUGUGACAAGGUACAGAACGGCAAGCAGGCUCAGGGCAGGCAGAAUGGUCAAAACUGGGAAAACUAGAAAACAGGAACUUGAGAUAGACAGGAGCAAGGGGAAAACCGCUGGUAGGCUUGACGAAACAAAACAAACUGUCAACAGACAAACAGACAACACAGGUAUAAAUACACUGGGGAUAAUGGGGAAGAUGGGCGAUACCUGGAGGGGGGUGGAGACAAUCACAAAGAAAGGUGAAACAGAUCAGGGUGUGACACCUCUUCCUCUUUCUUAAUUUGCCAAGCAAGUCUUUCCCGUGCACUUUCACCUUGCUCAACAUAUUGUUGCUUGGAUUUCAUGGCAGCAAUCUAUGCAGAUCGGGUGUUUAUUGUGUUACAGUGAGGGAAAAAAGUAUUUGAUCCCCUGCUGAUUUGAUCCCCUGCAAAAAUGUAAUAAAUUGAUUUGCAUUUUAAUGAAGGAAAUAAGUAUUUUACCCCCUCUCAAUCAGAAAGAUUUCUAGCUCCCAGGUGUCGUUUAUACAGGUAACGAGCUGAGAUUAGGCGCACACUCUUAAAGGGAGUGCUCCUAAUCUCAGCUUGUUACCUGUAUAAAAGACACCUGUCCACAGAAGCAAUCACUCAAUCAGAUUCCAAACUCUCCGCCAUGGCCAAGACCAAAGAGCUCUCCAAGGAUGUCAGGGACAAGAUUGUAGACCUACACAAGGCUACAAGACCAUCGCCAAGCAGCUUGGUGAGAAGGUGACAACAGUUGGUGCGAUUAUUUGCAAAUGGAAGAAACAUAAAAGAACUGUCAAUCUCCCUCUGCCUGGGGCUCCAUGCAAUAUCUCACCUCGUGGAGUUGCAAUGAUCAUGAGAACGGUGAGGAAUCAGCCCAGAACUACAUGGGAGGAUCUUGUCAAUGAUCUCAAGGCAGCUGGGACCAUAGUCACCAAGAAAACAAUUGGUAAAACACUACGCCACGAAGGACUGAAAUCCUGCAGCGCCCGCAAGGUCCCCCUGCUCAAGAAAGCACAUAUACAGGCCCGUCUGAAGUUUGCCAAUGAACAUCUGAAUGAUUCAGAGGAGAACUGGGUGAAAGUGUUGUGGUCAGAUGAGACCAAAAUCGAGCUCUUUGGCAUCAACUCAACUCGCCGUGUUUGGAGGAGGAGGAAUGCUGCCUAUGACCCCAAAGAACACCAUCCCCACCGUCAAACAUGGAGGUGGAAACAUUAUGCUUUGGGGGUGUUUUUCUGCUAAGGGGACAGGACAACUUCACCGCAUCAAAGGGACGAUGGACGAGGCCAUAUACCGUCAAAUCUUGGGUGAGAACCUCCUUCCCUCAGCCAGGGCAUUGAAAAUGGGUCGUGGAUGGGUAUUCCAGCAUGACAAUGACCCAAAACACACGGCCAAGGCAACAAAGGAGUGGCUCAAGAAGAAGCACAUUAAGGUCCUGUAGUGGCCUAGCCAGUCUCCAGACCUUAAUCCCAUAGAAAAUCUGUGGAGGGAGCUGAAGGUUUGAGUUGCCAAACGUCAGCCUCGAAACCUUAAUGACUUGGAGAAGAUCUGCAAAGAGGAGUGGGACAAAAUCCCUCCUGAGAUGUGUGCAAACCUGGUGGCCAACUACAAGAAACGUCUGACCUCUAUGAUUGCCAACAAGGGUUUUCCACCAAGUACUAAGUCAUGUUUUGCAGAGGGGUCAAAUACUUAUUUCUCUCAUUAAAAUGCAAAUCAAUUUAUAACAUUUUUGACAUGCGUUUUUCUGGAUUUUGUUGUUGUUAUUCUGUCUCUCACUGUUCAAAUAAACCUACCAUUAAAAUUAUAGACUGAUCAUGUCUUUGUCAGUGGGCAAACGUACAAAAUCAGCAGGGGAUCAAAUACUUGUUUCCCUCACUGUAUAUUCAAGCUUCAAAGUUUUUCACUGUUGAAGGGUGUUAGCAUUUCUAUCUGAACUUUUCUUUCUAAAUCUUGGAUUUUCUGUUCUAGUAUUUCUAAUUCUUUAUGGGUAUUUUUCUUAUGUGAAGAGUAAGACAUGAUCCAACCUUUCAUAUAUGCUUUAAAUUGGGCAUACUUCAAUAUCUACAUUUAUUUCCAAAAACAUGUGUUGUAACAUUGUGUUGAAUCACCAUGUCUUUGCUAUUGGCAUAGGAGAUUAUGUUUUGGAUAAUAACCACUAUACUUUAUUACAAAUAAGGUCUUACAGAGUUUUUGUUGCAUCAAUAAAUUACUUUAUUAAAAUUUCAACAAAGCCGAUACCAGUCUGCAGAAUGGCACACCGUUCUGUUUUCCUCACGUCCCAUUAUAUACCAUCAUCCCCAACUCUUCUAGCUCUAAAUCCCUCCCUCUUCAGUUUCCCGCUCUUUAUCACUCCACACCCACUUCCUUUGUCCCUGAGGACGGCUGAACUAUUACUCCAACCAAUCACUCGCUCCCCUGUCUUGCACACACACUGUAGCUCUCUUCACGACAACAGACACAGGUUGGUUCCUUGAAACGGGCGUUUAUUGCCUUGCAUGUCUUUUUCUUCGAUGCAUCCACGUCACGCCGUGAGAACUAUAUAUUUGAAUGAACACAGUAACGUUGAUAAAUUAUACAGUACUGAAACAAAAUAAUACAAAUGGCGCUCGGCGCGACAAUACAAAUGGUGCUUGGCGCGACAAUACAAAAGGCACUUGGCGCGAAUAUAAACAAAGUUCUACAGGUUGAACAAAAUACCUCGUUGGCUGCUUGUCCUGAAAAGAGGUUCUUAAAUCCUUAAAGUCCCUUGAAAGUCCUUUUACUGUCUUUCUUGGCCUCUGCCAUCAACAAUUAUAACUCAGAUUAAGAUCUGCUUAAGUUAGAUUGCACACAGUCAAUUAACUAAUUCCGUAGCAGUAACAUUUUUAUGUUCCGGGAUGGAACAUAAAAACACAAACAAUGGCCUAACGUUAAUUUUACCUGUUACAUCACAUUUAAAUUCUUACCUAUACAUCAAUGAAUCAUUUAUUUAUUUACUACAUCAAAUAAACCAUGAAUUAUGUAUUAAACAUGCAUCGUGAACACAGCAUCUAUGUAACACCACUUACACACACUCAUGUUUAGUUUAAACAUGACAAGGCCCUAUAUUACACAAACCUCACCCCCUCAUGCUGUAAUCAAUCAAGAAGAUACCAAGGAGACAAAGGUCUAGCCCAAACUCUAUUCAACCCUGGUGCCGCUCCCUUCACUGUGUUUGAAGAGAGAGACAAAAGGCCACAAGCUAGUUUCAGUCUCUCAUCAGAUAAGACAGCCAUGGAUUUAAGUAAGAGCAAGCAAUCUGACUUUCUGGAUAAGUUGCAAAACAACUAGACACAUGGCAACAGUGGAGCGCCAAGGGGCUGGGACCAGCCUGUGCGCCAACGGAUAGGCUGAGUAAGUCUGAACCACGCUCAGUCUCUACUCUGAUUGGCCAGCAGGGAGCGGGAACUAUCUCUGUCAGAGUAUUUGAAGAAGAACUUAGAACAAUGGAUCAGUUCUCUGUCUGCCCUGCGUGGUAUCUCAGUGAGCCCGUAUACGAACCAUCAUACUUAUCAUACUUAUAUUUUGCAUAUAAUACAUUUAGCUUGGAUUGAAUAUCUCUUGAUUAUGUUUUCUCUUAUUCCAAUACCAGAUUUGAAUUACGCAAUUUCUAACAUGACCCUAGGGCAGAUUCCCUCUCUACUCACCCACACAGUGAAAUUAAACGACCCAAUACAAUUCCUGGCCCAGUAACAAAGAAUUCUAACUUUAUGCUCUUGAUUAACCCAGUUCUACCUCAUAGUCCAUUAAACUCUACAGUUAAUUAAUAAUAAUUCGCCACAGUUUGAGCUUUAGCGUGAAGGACAAUGGGCUAUGGUCAGUAAUUAUUCUAGGACGGUAUUUACAUUCAGAAACACAGUCAAAAGAAAAGUUUACAAUAAAAAAGUCAAUUCUUGAAUAUGAUUUGUGGACAUUUGUGGUUGUAAUCAUUCUUUUUUUGAUUUGUGGACAUUUGUGGUUGUAAUCAUUCUUUUUUUUUUUACAUUUUAUGAGGGGGGAGGGUGUGCACAUUUUUUUACAGUACAAGGGUAUGGUCAUGUGAAAAUAUUUUUAACGUUGGGGAGGGGGGUGCAUUUUUUUGAUGACACCUCCAGCCAAAAUAAUGGAAUAGGUCAUCCCACUCAGGGUAAAUAACAAGAGAAAAACAACAUCAAUAAAAUGAAUUUGAUUAUUUAGGCAUUAGGCAUCAUCAUAGUAUAUUAAAAAGAUAAAUUAAUUUAACUCUCCAUAUAAUUCUCCAAUGAAAUGAAUGUAAACAGAUGUAGGUCUAUAACCACUGGAGUAGCUUACAGUUCUAUCGAACUGCACGCAACCACAUGUGGUGCGCACUCCUCUUGACCCAACGGUGGACAGAGCGGGCGGAUUACUAAGAGCAGGGUAGUAUAGUAACUGUAUUAACAUCAAUGCAACAUCAGUCUGCUCUGGGUAGAGCCAAAGACAGUGCAAUUUAUUCACUUGAUUUUUCAGAGUUUAACGGCUACAUGUUCAGCUACAUUUCUUGUACAUUCCCACCUUGGGAUUCAGUUAAUGAACUAAUUUCGAUAUAAUUUUCCAACAAAGAGCUGGAAAUAAUUAUUGAAAGGUGCAUAAUUGUGAGCAAAUAGCCUACUUGUUCGUCUCUCUAUUUUAUAAACUCCGCAAUUGCCCAUGUUUCUUCUUCAACAUUCAUUGAACCAAUUUAUUAACAUUAUAAAUUGAACUUUCUAUGGGAGAAUACAAAUAAAAGGAUAAUUGACACGUGAUGAUUUCAUGUUUCCCACAUUGAUAACACAUAUAUCAAUUUCCACCUUAUGCCUAAAUUCGGCAAAAGUUUUAAAAAACAUAAUAAUAAUAAAAAAUAAGAAGGAAGGGAGAGAGAGAGAGCAAUGGAAAUAAAAGUACUGUGUGCUUACAAUUUAAGCAUCUUAGGCUGUUUGACAUUUGAUCUCUCCCAGUCUUUUUUCACAUAUAGGCCAUUUAAAUUCUUUCCACCCACUCAGGCCUUUAUAGCCUAUUGGCUGGGAAGCAUUCCAAAAUAAUUGUCCAGCUGAUAGCAAUCAUCAUGUUGUCUUGUUCACUUGUCAAUUCCUUACUUAAACAAAUUCCUAUUCAUUACCUAUUCAGUAUUUAGUAUUUUAUUAGUAUCCCCAUUAGUUACUGCUAAAGCAGCAGCUACUCUUCCUGGGGUCCACACAAAACAUGAAACAUGAUAUAAUACAGAACAUGAAUAGACAAGUACAUCCCAAGGACAGAACUACAUGCAUUUAAAAUAAUGAUACACGCUUUCAUACAUUUAUGCCUACUGAAUGCACGUGCAACACACAAAAAUGGAAACGCAAUAACAAGGAGGUGCGUUGCAAGUAGGCUGACACCUUUCGCUGAAUUACCCUGACGUGAAUAUAGCAACCUUGUUUCGCAAAAUUCUCCUGAAAUGAAUAAAGCUACCUUGUUUCUAUAGUUACUGUCUAUAAUGGGUAUCCUGGGGUAAAGUAUUAAACCUAUUGCUAUAAGUAUUGCUAUAAGUAUUAAACCUAUUGCUGUUGUGAAUGUUUGUCCUUGACACUGUCUGUUUGGGCUACUGUUUGCGACAUGCACAUCAUGUGUGGUGUGUGUCUCUGUAUAUGUGUGUGUGUGUGUGUGCAUUAUCAAAUGGUUUGGUUAUAUUGUGUCUGUACACAGGCCUGCCUGGAGAUAUCACCUCAGAUGGGCUAGAGGUGUCCUUCGCUACCAAUCAUGUGGGUCCUUUCCUCCUCACCAACCUGCUUCUGGGUAAGACAACACAUAUCUUAUGGGUAAGACACCACAUAUCUUCUGGGUAAGACACCACAUAUCUUCUGGGUAAGACACCACAUAUCUUCUGGGUAAGACAACACAUAUCUUUUGGGUAAGACAACGCAUACCUUCUGGGUAAGUCAACACGUAUCUUCUGGGUAAGACAACACAUAUCUUCUGGGUAAGACAACACAUAUCUUCUGGAUAAGACAACACAUAUAUUCUGGCUAAGACACCACAUAUCCCAAUUGAAAUAAGACAACACAUAUAUUCUGGGUAAGACACCACAUAUCCCAAUUGAAAGAGGUGUUUCAGCCCAGCUUGAACAAAAGGCAAUCCUUACACUUCAAAAACAUUCUUUAUAUACUGAACAGAAAUAUAAACGCAACAUGCAACAAUUUCAACGAUUUUACUGAGUUACAGUUCAUAUAAGGAAAUCAGUAAAUUGAAAUAAAUAAAUUAGGCCCUAAUCUAUAGAUUUCACAUGACUGGGAGACAGGCCCACUUGGGAGCCAGGCUGAAGCCAAUCAGAAUGAGUUUUUCCCCACAAAAAGGCUUUAUUACAGACAGAAAUACUACUUAGUUUCAUCAGCUGUGCUGGUGGCUGGUCUCAGACGAUCCCGCUGGUGAAGAAGCCGGAUGUGGAGGUCCUGGGCUGGCGUGGUUACACGUGGUCUGUGGUUGUAAGGCCAGUUGGACGUACUGCCAAAUUCUCUUUUUAUUUUAUUUUAUUUUAUUUCACCUUUAUUUAACCAGGUAAGCCAGUUGAGAACAAGUUCUCAUUUACAACUGCGACCUGGCCAAGAUAAAGCAAAGCAGUGCGAUAAAAACAACAACACAGAGUUACAUAUGGGGUAAAAAAAACAUAAAGUCAAAAAAUACAACAGAAAAUAUAUAUACAGUGUGUGCAAAUGUAGCAAGUUAUGGAGGUAAGGCAAUAAAUAGGCUAUAGUGCAAAAUAAUUACAAUUAGUAUUAAAAAUUGGAAUGCUAGAUGUGCAAGAGAUUAUGUGCAAAUAGAGAUACUGGGGUGCAAAAGAGCAAAAUAAAUAACAAUAUAGGGAUGAGGUAGUUGGGUGGGCUAAUUUCAGAUGGGCUGUGUACAUGUGCAGUGAUCGGUAAGGUGCUCUGACAACUGAUGCUUAAAGUUAGUGAGGGAGAUAAGAGUCUCCAGCUUCAGAGAUUUUUGCAAUUCGUUCCAGUCAUUGGCAGCAGAGAACUGGAAGGAAUGGCGGCCAAAGGAGGUGUUGGCUUUGGGAAUGACCAGUGAGAUAUACCUGCUGGAGCGCAGACUACGGGUGGGUGCUGCUAUGGUGACCAAUGAGCUAAGAUAAGGCGGGGAUUUGCCUAGCAGUGAUUUAUAGAUGGCCUGGAGCCAGUGGGUUUGACGACGAACAUGUAUUGAGGACCAGCCAACGAGAGCGUACAGGUCACAGUGGUGGGUAGUGUAUGGGGCUUUGGAGACAAAACGGAUGGCACUGUGAUAGACUACAUCCAAUUUGCUGAGUAGAGUGUUGGAGGCUAUUUUGUAAAUGACAUCGCCAAAGUCAAGGAUCGGUAGGAUAGUCAGUUUUACGAGGGCGUGUUUGGCAGCAUGAGUGAAGGAGGCUUUGUUGCGAAAUAGGAAGCCGAUUCUAGAUUUAACUUUGGAUUGGAGAUUCUUAAUGUGAGUCUGGAAGGAGAGUUUACAGUCUAACCAGACACCUAGGUAUUUGUAGUUGUCCACAUACUCUAGGUCAGACCCGUCGAGAGUGGUGAUUCUAGUCGGGUGGGCGGGUGCCAGCAGCGUUCGAUUGAAGAGCAUGCAUUUAGUUUUACUAGUGUUUAAGAGCAGUUGGAGGCUACUGAAGGAGUGUUGUAUGGCAUUGAAGCUCGUUUGGAGGUUUGUUAACACAGUGUCCAAUGAAGGGCCAGAUGUAUACAAAAUGGUGUCGUCUGCGUAGAGGUGGAUCUGAGAGUCACCAGCAGCAAGAGCGACGUCAUUGAUAUACAUGGAGAAAAGAGUCGGCCCAAGAAUUGAACCCUGUGGCAGCCCCAUAGAGACUGCCAUAGGUCCAGACAACAGGCCCUCCGAUUUGACACAUUGAACUCUAUCUGAGAAGUAGUUGGUGAACCAGGCGAGGCAGUCAUUUGAGAAACCAAGGCUAUUUAAGAAUGUGGUGGUUGACAGAGUCAAAAGCCUUGGCCAGGUCGAUGAAGAUGGCUGCACAGUACUGUCUAUUAUCGAUCGCGGCUAUAAUAUUGUUUAGGACCUUGAGCGUGGCUGAAGUGCACCCAUGACCAGCUCGGAAACCGGAUUGCAUAGCGGAGAAGGUACGGUGGGAUUCGAAAUGGUCGGUGAUCUGUUUGUUAACUUGGCUUUCAAAUACUUUCGAAAGGCAGGGCAGGAUGGAUAUAGGUCUGUAACAGUUUGAAUCUAGAGUGUCACCCCCUUUGAAGAGGGGGAUGACCGCGGCAGCUUUCCAAUCUCUGGGGAUCUCAGACGUUACGAAAGAGAGGUUGAACAGGCUAGUAAUAGGGGUUGCGACAAUUUCGGCGGCUAGUUUUAGAAAGAAAGGGUCCAGAUUGUCUAGCCCAGCUGAUUUGUAGGGGUCCAGAUUUUGCAGCUCUUUCAGAACAUCAGCUGUCUGAAUUUGUGUGAAGGAGAAGCGGGGGGGGCAUGGGCAAGUUGCAGCGGAGGGUGCAGAGUUGGUGACCGGGGUAGUGGUAGCCAGGUGGAAAGCAUGGCCAGCCGUAGCAAAAUGCUUGUUGAAAUUCUCGAUUAUUGUAGAUUUAUCGGUGGUGAUAGUGUUUCCUAGCCUCAGUGCAGUGGGCAGCUGGGAAGAAGUGCUCUUAUUCUCCAUGGACUUUACAGUGUCCCAAAACUUUUUGGAGUUAGUGCUACAGGAUGCAACUUUCUGUUUAAAAAGUUAGCCUUUGCUUUCCUGACUGCUUGUGUAUAUUGGUUCCUAUUUUCCCUGAAAAGUUGCAUAUCGCGGGGGCUAUUUGAUGCUAAUGCAGUACGGCACAGGAUGUUUUUGUGCUGGUCAAGGGCAGUCAAGUCUGGAGUGAACCAGGGACUAUAUCUGUUCUUAGUUCAGAAUUUUUUGAAUGGGGCAGGCUUAUUUAAGAUGGAAAGGAUAGCACUUUUAAAGAACAACCAGGAAUCCUCUACUGACGGAAUGAGGUCAAUAUCCAUCCAGGAUACCCAGGCCAGGUCAAUAAGAAAGGCCUGCUCGCUAAAGUAUUUUAGGGAGCGUUUGACAGUGAUGAGGGGUGGUCGUUUGACCGCGGACCCAUUACGGACGCAGGCAACGAGGCAGUGAUCGCUGAGAUCCUGGUUGAAGACAGCGGAGGUGUAUUUAGAGGAUAAAUUAGUCAGGAUGAUAUCUAUGAGGGUGCCCAUGUUUACGGAUUUAGGGUUGUACCUGGUAGGUUCCUUGAUCAUUUGUGUGAGAUUGAGGGCAUCUAGUUUAGAUUGUAGGAUGGCCGGGGUGUUAAGCAUAUCCCAGUUUAGGUCACCAAGCAGUACGAACUCUGAGGAUGGAUGGGGGGCAAUCAAUUCACAUAUGGUGUCCAGGGCACAGCUGGAGGCUAAGGGGGGCCUGUAGCAAGCGGCAACAGUGAGAGACUUAUUUCUGGAAAGGUGGAUUUUUAGAAGUAGAAGCUCAAACCUUUUGGGCACAGACCUGGAUAGUAUAAUAGAGCUCUGCAGGCUAUCUCUACAGUAGAUUGCAACUCUGCGCCCUUUGGCAGUUCUAUCUAAACGGAAAAUGUUGUAGUUGGGAUGGACAUUUCUGCAUUUUUGGUGGCCUUCCUAAGCCAGGAUUCAGACACUGCUAGAACAACAGGGUUGGCGGAGUGUGCUAACGCAGUGAAUAACUCAAACUUAGGGAGGAGGCUUCUGAUGUUAACAUGCAAGAAACCAAGGCUUUUACGUUUACAGAAGUCAACAAAUGAUAGCGCCUGGGGAGUAGGAGUGAUACUGGGGGCUACAGGGCCUGGGUUAACCUCUACAUCACCAGAGGAACAGAGGAGGAAUAGAAUAAGGAUACGGCUAAAGGCUUUAAGAACUGGUCUUCUAGUGUGUUGGGUACAGAGAAUAAAAGGGGCAGAUUUCCGGGCGUUGUAGAAUAGAUUCAGGACAUUAUGUACAGACAAGGAUAUGGAAGGAUAUGAGUACAGUGGAGGUAAACCUAAGCAUUGGAUAACAAUGAAAGAGAUAGCAUCACUGGUGGUACCGAUUGAGCCGGUCUCCGCGUGUAUGGGGGGUGGGACAAAGGAGCUUUCUGAGGCAGGUUGAGCGGGACUGGGGGCUCUACAGUGAAAUAGUACAAUAAGAACUAACCGAAACAGCAAUAGGCAAGGCAUGUUGACAUGGGAGAGAGGCAUAAAGCAAUCACAGGUGUUAUUCGAGAGAGCUAAAACAACAGCUGGUAAUGGCGACGAAAGUUUGGGUUGAGGCUAAACAAAUAAACAGAAUGGGGUAGGCCAGUCCAGCAGGCAUCAGUCCAGCAGGCAUCAGCUGUGUAGCUUAAUGAUCAUAAAGUCCAGUGAACAGCAAUAGGUGAGUCCGGGAGCAGUUUGGUGGCUGCUACGGCAUAGGCGAGAAGGAGGCACGGCAGUUGAUUGCGUGUGCUAGCGGGCCGGGGCUAGCAGAUGGAUCUUCGUGGUCGUCGCAACGGGAAGCCUGUUGAUUACGUCGGCAGACCAGUCGUGAUGGAUCGGCGGGGCUCCGUGUCAACACUAGGAGGUCUUGUCCGGUUGACAGAGUGGUAGAUAGCCGGGAGAUGGGCCUGGCUCGAGACUAGCUCAAGGCUAACUGGUGCUUGCUUCGGGACAGUGGUGAUUAGCCAAAAACAACAACAGCCAUUCGGUUGCAGCUAGCUAGUUGUGAUGAUCCGGUGUUAAAUUCCAGUGAUUCAGUGAUUCAGGCAGAAGAUCGGAUAUGCUCUGGGUCAAUAGCGUGCUGUGCAGACUGUGCAGACUGGCCGAUAAUUGUCCAGGCUAGAGCUGGCUGGUAGGUAGUGCAGGCCCCGGACAAUGGUGAAGACCGCUAACGGCGGCUAAUAGCAAGUAGCUAGUUAGCUAGCUAAAGUGUCAUUGCCCAGGAAGGAAUGUUUUCUCAUGUUACAUUCCACACCUUACAUUGUAUUACUGUAUUUACUUCCCCUCCAACCUCUCUCCUCUGCUCUUCUUUUUCCCUCGCUCCCUCCCCACCUCCCAUCCCUUCCUCCCCACCUCCCAUCCCUUCCUCCGUCCCUCCUCCUCCAUCCCCACCCCCUCUCUAUCUCUCCCUCCAUCCUCUUCCCCCUGUCCCUCCCCUCUCUCCCUCCCUUUGUCCAGACCUGCUAAAACGAUCGGCGCCGGCGCGCAUCGUCAACGUGUCAUCCGUGAACCACUGGAGAGGCGUGGUCGACUUUUCGCACUUCAAGGGCGAGAACCUGGCCUACACCAUGGACAGCGUGUACAACCACACCAAGCUGCACAAUGUCAUCUGCACUAACGAGCUGGCACAAAGGCUACAAGGCACAGGUGGGUAAGAAUACCUCAGCAAGUAUUCAUAAAGCGUCUCAGAGUAGGAGUGCUGAUCUAGGAUCAGUUUUGGCAUUGGAUGAUAAUGAAUAAGAUUACAUGGACAGAGAGUACCUGAUCCUAGACCAACAAGCCUACUCUGAGAUGGUUUUGGAAUAAGGGCCCUGGUUCCAUUUAGCUUGUAGACAAUUGCUCUAGCCUGGCCCCUUACCCCACAGUUGAAUCCCAUUCAUAGCACAUCUGAAACUGUUUUGGCUAUAUGACCGGAGUGUGUAUUGGUAAUGUUUGGAAAAGUGAUACAGUCCUUGUUUAGAACACAUAGUAUAGCCAUAAGCUCUUUCACUGCUCCUAAAACAACUGUGUACGUGCAUAAGUAACAUUUUACAAUGAGCAUCAUUCCUGAGGGGUCUAAAGGGGAACGUGGUGAUAUAAUGAAAAGUUAGGCACCAAACAUCUUCUGUGCAGCUGGAGAUGGAGAUGGAGUUUCCCUGUGUGAGUCAAACUUCCCAUGAAAUCAGACUCAGGGAUAGCAACGCAGGUUAAUGGAGGGAUAGGGGUAAGGGCUUUAUGGGCUUUAGUGUGGUUUAUAAUGUGUUAUAGUGUGUGUCUGUGUCUGAGUCUGUGUGUCUGUGUCUGUGUCUGUGUCUGUGUCUGUGUCUGUGUCUGUCUGUGUGUGUCUGUGUGUGUUUGUGUGUAUGUGUGUGUGUAUGUGUGUGUGUGUGUGUGUGUGUGUGUGUGUGUGUGUGUCUCACAGGGGUGACAGCCAACUCCCUCCACCCUGGGGUGGUGAUGACAGAAGUGAUGAGACACUAUAACUUCCUGGUUCGGUUCCUCUUCAACCUGAUUGGAAUCUUUUUCUUCAAGGUGAAUACUUUGAAUCGUAACACUCUGGUGAAAAUUUGAAGAAAAAAAUGCUUUUAACACUAUUUUACAGUCCAGUUUCAUGUAAGAAGUUAACAGUGGAACAUUUCUGGUGACCCUCUUCCCAGAUCUGUUUGUGUUGUCUUGCCAGCUCCUAUGGUUAUAAUAAGACACCACAAACAGAUCUGGGACCAGGCUAACUUUCUGGUUCUAAGGGCUGUAUUCAAUCUGUAUCACUGAAGCGUUACAGAUUGUGCAGUAGAAAUGUAAAGGUAAUUUCCUAUUGAGCCGACAUAUGCAGCGUUUACCGUGAAUGUAGUCUCCACUAACGCGGGAUUCGGGAACAUUGCCUUUAAAUUUCAAUCACGCUGUAACACUGAAUUUCCGCAAUACGCAUUGAAUUAAAGCCCUUAAUUGAAAGAUUUCAACACAAAUUUCUACGGGCAAAUGUGAGCGCUAGUAGUGUUUGAAUGUUAGCAAAAUCAUGCAACCCCGCAGAAGGUUACUGCCACUCCGCUGCACGUCGUGGCACACCUUCUGCGUUUUGCAUUAUUUCCAUAGUACUCAUAGCCCCUCGUUGUUUAUCCCUCACACAAUAACCAUUUUAAACUGUAACUGCUAAAUAAAUAACUAGUUCAUAAUGAACUGAGUCAACCAAGGGCACCACAACAUAUGGCCACAUUUAAACAAAAGCCAGGUGGUAAAAAUGUGUCUUUAGCCCAGACUUAAAGGCAGUGCUGGUCUGGGCCAUGCAGAGAUGGAGGGGAAGCUUGUUCCACAGCUGGGGACCAAAGGAGUAGAAUGCUUGGUCCAUCGUUUUGAGGCAGGUCUUUGGAACAGAGAGGAGUCUCUGAUCAUUUGUCAUGAUCCUAAAGAUGAUGGUUUGCUUCGGUGGGGACCCAACCGAACAGUGGCACACUACAGCAUAUAAUGAGUUAACAAACAAGUUCACUCAAUAAGCCUGUAAAAACGGCUAGCUGGAGCUCGUCUCUGGGGUUGGCUGGAUAUGCCCUCACCUGCUAUGUACUUAAUGCUGAUUGGUUUUGGUCCUGUCCACUAUAGUGCUGUCCGGUUAGAACAUGAUGUUGAGGCUGGUAACUGUACGUUUUGCCACCACCACCAACACACACACACACGCGGCUACUUCCAUUUGAAUAUGUUUUAUAUGGGUGUGGUUAUUCCCAUGGACGCACAAUACUUUAGUAAGGAAACAGCAUGUGAAAGGUCCGUCAGCAUAUAACACUUGCUUCUUUCUCAAGACGGCAAAACAUGCUCUAACAUAAGGGCGAGAAGCCCUGGAGUUUGUCCAAUCGCCCUGAUAGGUUGGAAUGAAUGAUUGAUAGGUCUGAAAACCAGUCAGAUUGAAAGAGCCGGCCAACUAUAACCGAUACCACAUUUGCUAAUGAAAACAGUGUGUAUGUGUGUGUGUGUGUGUGUGUGUGUGUGUGUGUGUGUGUGUGUGUGUGUGUGUGUGUGUGUGUGUGUGUGUGUGUGUGUGUGUGUGUGUGUGUGUGUGUGUGUGUGUGUGUGUGUGUGUGUGUGUGUGUGUGUGUGUGUGUGUGUGUGUGUGUGUGUGUGUGUGUGCGUGUGUGCGUGUGUGUGUGUUUAUUUAUUUAUAUCAGUUUCACAAAAUCUCUUUAGCAGAUGUCCAUGAGUGAACAUGGCAAUUGUGUAUAAGUUCUGAGCUCCAAGUAAAGGGACACUCCCCUUCCUGGCAUGACUCAAAGAAACAAAGCACAGACAAAGAUAUUUACUAGAACUCAAUGUGCUUACACAUUGUUGUUUCUUUUAUGCAGAGGUGGUUAAUGUUUAUGCCCUCACCCUCUUCUCCCAUCUCUGUCCACACAGUCUUCUGAGGAAGGGGCAGUGAGCACUAUCUACUGUGCUGUCGCAGAGGAGACGGAGGGAAUAACAGGGAAGUACUUUGACAGCGACUGUUCCCUGGUUCUCCCCGCCCCCCUGGCCAGAGACCCCGCCCUCGCAGUCAAGGACUUUGAGUUCUGCGAGAGAUUGACAUCCAAGCUCUGAUUACUUAAAAGAGGGCGAGAGAGAGAGAGAGAGAGAGAG